CCCUCAACACAGCGAGAUGGAAGAAACUACAGAGCGAGAAGGAGGAGCUGGAGAGGCACUUCGAGGAGGAGGUGAAGCAGCUUCAAAGGCAGCAGCAGGAGGAGCUGCAGGAGCUGGAUGCAGGGGCGGAGCAGCGGCUGCAGGAGGAGUACAACACCAAGAGGGACAGCCUACAGGAGCAGAACAGGUUGCAGCUGGAGCAAGUCAAAUUGCAGCAUCAGGAUCAGGUGGAAGAUAUCACAGCUGUACACGAAGCUGCAAUGUUACAGCUGGAAAAUAACCACAUAGUUGCCAUUACAGUACUGCAGGAUGAGAACGACUGCAAGAUUCAAGAACUGAAUACUGCUCACAAACUGGAAAAGGCACAAUUAGAAGAGAAUUUUGAAAAACUGCGGCUGUCACUCCAGGACCAGAUAGACACCCUCACCUUCCAGAACCAAUCCCUUAAGGCCAAAGCAGACCGAUUUGAAGAGGCUCUGAAGAAAAACACUGAGGAACAACUGAAGAUUGUACGAGCUCCAUAUCUGCACUUAGAAAAAGAUCUGAAGAGCUUAAAACAUGUUCUGGAAAUGAAGAACCAUCAGAUUCACCAACAGGAGAAGAUGAUUAUGGAGCUAGAAAAACAGGCUGAAAAAAAUUUAAAACUGGAAGAAAAAAUCACCAUGCUGCAACAGCAGAAUGAGGAACUCAGAGCCAGGAUUGAACAAAAUACUGUCAUAACAAGGCAAUUGUCAGAGGAGAACGCUAAUCUUCAAGAAUACGUUGAGAAAGAAGUGGAGGAGAAGAAGAAGCUGAGUAGGACUAAUGAAGAGCUCCUCUGGAAGCUGCAAGAGGGAGAUGCCGUGAGCCCCGUGAAACUCCCACCUACAUCGUCCACUUCUUUCUAUCGCUGCUCAUCAGGGAACUCCUCUCCAGCAAAAGUCAGAACCUUGCGGCGAUGA